AUGAGCCCAAAUAUUUGUUGUCUUUGUAAGCUAUUCAGAGAAGACGAAAAUGGGAUCACUUCUAAAGUGUCAUUGGAGGAAGUGCUACAGUGGUCCCAAUCUUUUGAAACGCUGAUGACUACUAAAUAUGGACCUAUAAUCUACAAGAGCUACCUGAAGACAGAAUACAGUGAUGAGAACAUGGAAUUCUGGCUUGCAUGUGAAACUUACAAGAAGAUUGAAUCACGGAGGAAAAGAAUUUCUGUGGCCAGGAAAAUUUUUAAAAAUUACAUUCAGCCCCAGGCGCCUAAAGAGAUUAACAUUGAUAGUCCUGCAAGGGAAGCUAUUAUCAGGAAUAUUCAAGAUCCAACUCAGUCCUGUUUUGACGAAGCUCAGAAAAUAGUAUACAUGCACAUGGAAAGGGAUUCAUAUCCCAGAUUUCUUGGAUCAGAAAUCUAUCAGAAACUGAAACACAGGCCUUCAGAUUGACAGCAAUGACUCAUUAAUACAUUAAAGAGAGACACUAAGGAUUUAGCAGAAGAGACUUCCUUCUGGUUUAUUAAUGUUUUCAAAUGGUAAAAGAAGAAGAACAGAAGAAAUCAGCCAAUGGAUGAAUUUGCCUUACAAAGAAUGGUAGUUUGUUCUUAUGCGGAUAUUAGAGCUGAACAGAAAAUACUUUCCACCUUCCGCCCUGGUGGAAAAUUUCAGCUUUGUCAAAAAAUUGAAAGCCACUUUUAGUUCACCGCAGUCUGUCUGGAAUUUAAAAAGUCAUUACGGGAAAGAACCUAUGACCCCACUCACUUAUCACAAUCCAUGGGAAAAUUAGCCUCUUGUCCUUCUCCUACCAGUCGGGGAAGACUAUUUCCACACCCUCAACAUCCACCACUAUCCAAGAGAAGCCACCAUCCAUGUUAGAAAUAAAAAUGCUGAGGUUUGGAAUGGUAGUUACUGCACCGUAUUGUAAACUCUGUAAUUCACAAGCUAAAAUUCAGCGCAUUGCCCAGUUAAUCAACUAAACAGUCUCAAGUGUAAAGAGAAACACAUGCAUAUUACACAAAAAAUACAUUAGUUUGCAGAAGGCUCCAAGGAUAGUUGUAAUUGUAUCCAGGUGUAUUUAAGCAACUGUGCAUUUGGUGCCCAAAUGCGCUUGGAUUAAUAAAGUGAGAUACAAAGCAGCUUGUUAAACCUUAAAGGAGAGAUAUGGAAUGCUUUUGUUUUCUAAGUCAUGUUGGUAACAGCUUCAUAAAUCUGGCUAGCCAGGUGCAGAUGGUAGAAAAUAAACACCUAGAUUAGUUCUGCAUGACUUGUGUUUUCACAGCACCAUACGACAUUUAUUAUGGAUAGCCCUAUAUUUCAUGCCACUCACAUUUUGGCAGAUUCACCUGGUCUGCCU